AUGAAUACUGAUACUUGGGACUUUAUUUCCUAUUUCGGUGGCAGCUUUCUGGGCAAGCCGCCCAUGCGCCGUGCGGCAACUUCCCCUCUUACCAUCUUGACCAUACUCUAUCUCAUCAAUAUCUGCCGCGCAGAGGUGCAGCAACAGCAACGUGUAUCAGCUUCAUCUACUUCGACCUUUCACGCUUCUCCGCUGAAGCAUCGCAGAACCUCAUUGGCGCUUCCCUCAUCUCCGAAACUCGUGCCAGCAUUUAGCUUCCGCGACGAUACGGGCCUCGAAUCCCAUGUCGCUGAGACCUGUCUCGUUCCAGAGAAACGUGGCAAGCUCCGCAAGAUAUCAGCGAGUCCGGAGAAUGACGACUGGCCGCAGGCGACGGAGAAGAAGCUGAGGAAGAAGUGGUCGGCCGAGGAAACGCAGAUGCUUGUUGACGGGUGCAACAAGCACGGUGUUGGGAACUGGAAGGCAAUUCUGAGUGAUCCUGACCUCAAAUUUGAUAACCGCUCUCCAGUUGACCUUAAGGACCGAUUUCGUACCUACUUCCCCGAUGCUUACAAGCAGCACUAUCCCAACGCACGCACGCAUCUCUCCAGCAAAGUUCGCUCUACUCUCCCUGAUGGCUCCUCUCUCUUUGAGAAGACGCGCAGUAAAAAGCGGCGGCCUUUCACGGAGGAGGAGGACCGUGCUCUCAAGGCUGGCUACGAGAAACACGGUACGGUCUGGGCGACCAUUGUGAAGGACCCCGUCUUUCAGGAACAGGGUCGGCGGUCGACAGACUUGAGGGACCGCUUUCGUAAUGCGUUCCCUGAGCUGUACAUGGCAGCUGGCUACAAACCGCGCAAUGCGGCAAAGAAGAAGGGCGCGGAUGGCACAAAGGUUCUCAUUCGAGCUGCGACGGAUGACCAACUCUCCAUGUCGACAUCGGGUCCUAGUACGCACCGGCGAAAGAGGAGGAACACCAGUCAAGGGCUACUUCGGGGAGGGACGAAGAGUGUUCCACAGAGUACGGCUCCUUCUGAAGACGAGGCUAGUUCCGCUGCUCCGACCGUUCCUUCCGCAAACAUUCUUCCCGACGAUGACGACAUGGAGUUGAUUCCCUUUGACCCUCUCCCUGAUUCACUCACCGCUCUCGCGAACUCGUCGCAGUCGGAGAUUGAUUCCCAGUCCCAGGCCUGGUCUUCAGGGCUCGAUACUCCCGUUCACUCUUCACAUCAUGCCUGGACAGGGUCGCCGACGUCGUCCCAGAUGUCUGAUUAUCUUUUGAGCUCCUCUCAUUCUUCACCCUUCCAACACCGGAGGAACGAAGCAGUAGUGGGUGGCAUUGGCAUGAUUGGCAAAAGUGCUUGGGGAACACAAGAUUGGUUUUCGGCGAAUCCUCGUAUGGACUCGAGCGCGAGUGGAACAUCAUCCUCAUCUUAUCUUGAGAACAGUUUCUCGCCCUCAUCGCCAUUCUCUUUCAAUCAUCUCAACUAUGGGGUAGUAGAUCGAUAUGAUCUUGUGCCCACUUCAUUUUCCCAGGAUUUCAACUCCGAGGUCGGAUCAUCAUCAUUUUCUGAUGAGGUGUACCCACCCCGAAGAGAGUAUCAUUCGGACUAUGCUGGAGAUCUCAUUUUCAGUACGCGAACGCAGUCGCAGUCCUCGUACGAUUCUUCUUCGUUCACCUUUGGGCUUGGGCUCUCGGGUAUCACCCAGUCGACUGGUAUACACCCUAUGCAACUCCAUACCCCAGCCCUACCGGGGAUUGAUGAGAUCGAGCUAACGGGUAUAUCACUAACUGACCAACCCGAUAGUCUUCCGAUGGAAGAUUCACUCCUUCCACCUGACAUUGCCAUGUCUCCCGAACCAAAGGACGAAGACGCCUCUUCGUUCCUCAUGGAACAGCGAUUCAGCCUGGAUGACCUCGUCGAUCUCUCCCGGGAGCUGCAUACAACCCCACCUGGCACUCCUCAGACUCGCCCGCGACACCGGUCGGCGGUCAACCAGUUCGGGGUCCACGGACGAUCGAUAUCCGUACCACCGUCCGAGCGCAUGACAGGCCCUGCGCCACCCGCCCCUCCUCCUGUUCCCCAGUCGUUUUCUUCCCUGUUCCUCUCCUCCAGCUCGUCCUCUGUGACUCAGGACAUCUCCCGAACGGCGAACGACAUCUAUGACCUGCCGUUCCUUGAUUUGCAUUACCAUUACAACACUCAGGGAUUAGACGCAUCUGACAAUAUGGAGUCACAGAACCAGAAUCAAGCGCUGGAUCUGGCACAAAUCAUAUCCCAGCACCCAGCUACUCCGUUGACAGCAAAGAAGAACAAGAUCUCUGCUCAUCACCGCGGACAGAGCGCCGUGGUGUGUCCGCAGGAUUUGGUGCUGAAGAGCGAAACCAACAAGCGCAAGCGGUCGAGUUGGGAUGGGGCGCAUUCUUAG